AUGUGUGUGGAUGGUGACGAGGGGAAAAAUGUGGAAAAUUUUGUCGAACUUUGGUCGACAGGUGCGUAUAACGGCGAAGUCUGGAAGUACAACGAAGGUGAGGUAACUCACGUGGGAUUGGGACAUACAUCACCAAUCACACGUCUACGCAUCGCUCCUGAUCAGCGACGUGUUAUCACAGUGAGCGAAGAUGGAGCCGUUUACAUUUGGGACAUGCCCUGA